AUGCCUUACUUUCAGACUUGGGAGGAGUUUGCUCGGGCAGCCGAAAAACUAUAUCUAGCGGAUCCCAUGAAGGUCAGAGUGGUAAUAAAGUACAGACAUUGCGACGGCAAAAUGUGCAUUAAAGUGACAGACAAUUCCGUGUGUUUACAGUACAAGACAGACCAGGCUCAAGAUGUGAAGAAGAUCGAGAAACUGCACGGGAAACUGAUGAGACUGAUGGUGUCCAAAGAGACGCACAGUAGCGCCAUGGAGACGGACUAG